GACUAGUUGGAAAAAAAGAAGUGAGACAAAUUAGAACGCCGGCCCGAAGAUUUGCUAGAACUAUCCUAAACCUCAAGGCCUCAAUUUCCCAAUCUUAUCCCGCUCGCAAGGGAAUCAAAACAAAGCAAAAAGCUUCCAUUUUCAUCCGGAAAUGAUGAAGGCAUCAUUCAAAGCUCGAUAUGAGACGGACAAAGCCGCCGCCGCUACUACUGUCGCGUUCAACGCCGGCGACUUUAAGCUCCGAGCGUCCAUGACCGAUGCUACUAUUGUCAACGGUCCUAGUUUAAACGGCCUAGCUCUUGCCGUUGAGAAACCUGGCUCAUUCAUCAUCGAAUACAACGUCCCCAAAAAGGACAUUCGGUUUCAAUUUAUGAACUCAAUCAGGGUUAUGGAGAAGCCGUUGAAUUUGAAUUACAUUCAUAUUCAUGGAGGCAAUCGAACAAUAUUGGAUGGGACUUUGGUGUUUGAUUCGGCCAACAAGGUGUCGGCUAAUCACGUGAUGGGGUCGGGAAGUUGUAAAUUGAAGUACAGUUAUGUGCAUGGAGGACUCGCUACUUUUGAGCCGAGCUAUGAUACGGCAAAGAACGCAUGGGAUUUUGCGGUUUCACGUAAAGUUUAUGGGGACGACGUGUUUAGGGCUACUUAUCAAACGACGAGCAGGAAUUUGGGGCUCGAAUGGUCCAGGAGUUCAAAGUUAAAUGGAUCUUUUAAGAUUUGUGCAUCUCUCUGUUUGCUUGAAGAACGCAAAAUGCCGAAGUUAAGUGCUGAGACUUCGUGGGACUUCGAGAUGUGAUUUCGUUUUUUCGGCCAUUAUUCAGAUACAAUUACUUCUAGCUACCCAUCAUCAUUGGGGUUCAUCAUAAUGUUUUCUAGCUGAAUUUGUUGAUUCACAAGUGGGCUAAUCGUUUUAAUAUGGUUAACUAUUAGGGGUCGUUUGGUACACUUUUUCAACCUAUCAUUACUAAUGCAAGUAUUAGUUAUACAACC